AUGGACGCCUCCUCCCUCCGCAUCUCCAAGUUCGAUGGAACUAACUUCCACGCCUGGAAGUUCAAGAUGCAGAUGGUGCUGGAGGAACGGGACCUAUGGGAGGUCGUCAGCGGUGAGAUCAAGGCGGAACAGUGCGAGACUCAGUUGGACCAAGCGACGUACAAGAGGAAGUCAAGAAAGGCGAUGGCAGUGAUCUGUCUAGCCAUGGAAGAUUCCCAGCUACCGUUGGUCCGGUCGGCAAGUGGUGCAUGCGACGCAUGGUCAAGGUUGGAAGACCACUUCGAGAAGAAGAGUCUUGCCAACAAGCUGUUCUUGCGCCGUCGCUUCUUCACGACAAUGAUGGAAGAAGGCGACGAUGUGCUCGAACACAUCAACAAGCUCAAGACGCUGGCGGAACAGCUAGAAGCGGUGGGGGGCUCCACUUUGGAGUCGCGCUCAGACACUCUUAGCUGGGAGCUCGUGACGUCUCGACUGCUUCAUGAAGAAAUGAAGCGGAAGGAGCAAGGAAGUAAAGGUGAUGAAGCUUCGCAAGGUCAAGCGUUCAUCACAAGGGACAAUCAGCGCAAAGGGCGACCAGUGAAGAAGUCCUGGCCGUGCCACAAUUGCGGAAAGAUUGCGUGCCUCAAGACAGCGGCGACCGCUAUCGAUCACAACGUGCAAACGUCGCUCAAGAAGAAGACUCCGGGCGACUACCUCUUUUCGAUCGGUGAAACGACAUCUGCGAAAUCGAGCGACAUCUGGCUGGUCGACUCCGGGGCGACGCAGCACAUGACGUGCUCCAAGAAGUUCAUGCGGAACUACAAGGGGUUUGACGCUGUGGAUGUCCAUCUCGCGGAUGAUGGAAUCGUCAAGCAAUCGGCAGUGGGGACAUUGUCAUGUCGAUGA